CAGUGCAGCGAAGCGAGCGAGCGAGCGCGUCCGGGCUGCGCUGCGCGGGUUUUGUUGCGGGGCGGCUUAGCCUCGCUGGCCUUUUCGGGGUGGCCUAUGCGUGCGCGUCGGGGGGCGGGCGGGGAGGGGCGGGGAGGGGGCUGAGCGGCGAAGAAAAGGCGCCCCAGAAGACGCGGCCGAGGAAAGAAUAGAAAAGAAGAGAAGAGAAUAGAAGAGCCGGAGAAGAAAGGAAGGAAGGAAGGGGCGGGGGGCGGCCGGGGCGAGGCGCAUAAAAGGCGGCCGGGCGGGCGGCUCCGCAUCCGAGCCUGCCUGCUCGCAGCGCCCUCGCUUCGCUUCCCUCCGUGCUUGGAGCCCCCGGGAGCCGAGCCGAGCGUCCCUGGCGCCGAGGGCGCACCGCGGCCGGGCAGGAGGCAUGCUCUCCCUCGCUCUCCUGCUGGCGCUGCUCUGGGGGCGCAUCCAGGUGACUCUCACCUCCGGCCAGUUCGAGUUCGAGAUCCUGUCCAUGCAAAAUGUCAACGGGGAGCUGCAGAGCGGCCACUGCUGCGACGGGAGCCGCAACCCGGCCGACCGGCGGUGCACCAGGGACGAGUGCGACACGUAUUUCAAAGUUUGCCUGAAGGAGUAUCAGUCCCGGGUCUCCGCCGGGGGCCCCUGCAGCUUCGGAGCCGGCUCGACCCCCGUGGUCGGUGGGAAUACCUUCAAUUUGAAAUACAGUCGGAAUAACGAACGGAACCGGAUCGUGCUGCCCUUCAGCUUCGCGUGGCCGAGAUCCUACACGUUGCUGGUGGAAGCCUGGGAUUACAGUAACGACAGCGUUAAUGGAGAUAACAUUAUCGAGAAAGCGUCUCACUCCGGCAUGAUCAACCCCAGCCGUCAGUGGCAGACCUUGAGGCAGAACGCGGGCGUCGCUCACUUCGAGUACCAGAUCCGGGUCACUUGCGAUGAGCAUUAUUAUGGCUUUGGCUGCAACAAGUUCUGCCGACCACGAGAUGACUUCUUUGGGCACUACACCUGCGACCAGAACGGCAACAAAACGUGCCUGGAAGGCUGGAUGGGUCUGGAAUGUAACAAAGCCAUCUGCCGCCAAGGUUGUAGCCCCAAACACGGCUCUUGCAAAGUUCCCGGAGAGUGCAGGUGCCAGUACGGGUGGCAAGGCCAGUACUGCGACAAAUGCAUUCCUCACCCGGGCUGUGUCCAUGGCACCUGCAACGAACCGUGGCAGUGCCUCUGCGAGACCAACUGGGGUGGCCAGUUCUGCAAUAAAGAUCUGAACUAUUGUGGGACUCAUCCCCCCUGUUUGAAUGGAGGCACCUGCAGCAACACGGGCCCUGACAAAUACCAGUGCUCCUGCCCAGAGGGUUACUCGGGACAGAACUGCGAAAUCGCGGAACAUGCCUGCCUUUCGGACCCUUGCCACAAUGGAGGAAGCUGCUUUGAAACUUCGGCAGGAUUUGAGUGUGUCUGUGCUCCAGGCUGGGCAGCACCAACUUGCACCCUUAAUAUUGAUGACUGUUCUCCAAACCCCUGUGGCCAUGGAGGGACCUGCCAGGAUCUAGUUGACGGUUUUAAGUGUCUAUGCCCACCUCAGUGGACUGGCAAAACGUGCCAGAUAGAUGCCAAUGAAUGUGAGGGGAAACCGUGUCUCAAUGCCAACUCCUGCAGGAACCUGAUUGGCAGCUACUAUUGCGACUGUGUUGCUGGUUGGUCGGGCCAGAACUGUGAGCUAAAUAUUGAUGACUGUCUUGGGAAAUGUCAAAACGGAGGGACCUGUCGGGACUUGGUUAAUGGUUAUCGGUGUGUCUGCCCGGCUGGCUACGCAGGGGACAAUUGCGAGAAGGACAUCGACGAAUGUGCCAGUAACCCUUGUUUGAACGGGGGCCGCUGCCAAGAUGAAAUCAAUGGAUUCCAAUGUCUCUGCCUCGCUGGAUUCUCGGGAAAUGUCUGUCAGUUGGAUAUUGAUUAUUGCGAGCCCAAUCCCUGCCAGAACGGGGCCCAGUGCUUCAACUACGAGAACGACUACUUCUGCAGCAACUGUCCCGAAGAUUACGAAGGGAAAAACUGUUCGCACCUGAAAGACCACUGCCGUUCCACUCCUUGCGAAGUCAUUGACAGCUGUACGGUUGCGGUGGCUUCCAACAGCACGCCGGAAGGGGUCCGUUACAUCUCUUCAAACGUCUGUGGCCCCCACGGCAAGUGCAAAAGUCAGGCUGGGGGCAAGUUCACCUGCGAAUGCGAGAAAGGCUUCACCGGCACCUACUGUCACGAAAACAUCAAUGACUGUGAAAGCAACCCGUGCAGAAAUGGCGGCACUUGUAUUGACGGCAUCAACUCUUACAAAUGCAUUUGUAGCGACGGCUGGGAAGGCACCUUUUGCGAAGCAAAUAUUAACGACUGCAGUAAAAACCCUUGCCACAACGGAGGGACUUGCCGAGACUUGGUCAAUGACUUUUUUUGUGAAUGUAAAAACGGCUGGAAAGGGAAAACCUGCCAUUCGCGUGACAGCCAGUGCGACGAAGCCACGUGCAACAACGGGGGGACGUGCUACGACGAAGGGGACGCCUUCAAAUGCAUGUGCCCGGCGGGGUGGGAAGGAGCCACCUGCAAUAUCGCGAGAAACAGCAGCUGUUUGCCGAACCCCUGUCAAAACGGCGGGACUUGCGUCGUCAGCGGAGACUCUUUUACGUGCGUCUGCAAGGAAGGCUGGGAAGGACCCACCUGCACUCAGAAUACAAACGACUGCAGCCCACACCCGUGCUAUAAUAGCGGGACAUGUGUGGACGGUGAUAAUUGGUACCGGUGUGAAUGUGCUCCAGGCUUUGCUGGUCCAGACUGCAGGAUAAACAUUAACGAAUGCCAAUCUUCGCCCUGUGCUUUUGGAGCAACGUGUGUAGAUGAAAUUAACGGAUACCGUUGUAUCUGUCCGCCUGGUCGCAGUGGCCCAAGGUGUCAAGAAGUUUCAGGAAGGCCUUGCAUUGCCAAUGGCCAUUCAGUUCUAGAUGGAUCUAAAUGGGAUGACGAAUGCAAUAGCUGCCUAUGUUUGAAUGGAAAGGUUACCUGCUCUAAGGUCUGGUGUGGUCCGAAGCCUUGUCUGAUCAGUGCCAAAGGCACCAGUGAAUGUCCCACAGGGCACACCUGCGUUCCUAUUAAGGAGGACCGCUGUUUUGUGCGUCCUUGCCACAACGUGGGUGAAUGUUGGCUCUCCAAUCAACAGCCGGGAAAGAAGACGUGCAGUUCCGACUCGUACUAUCAGGACAAUUGCGCCAACAUCACGUUCACCUUUAACAAGGAGAUGAUGACUCCGGGUCUUAGCACAGAACAUAUCUGCAGUGAGCUGAGGAAUCUGAGCAUCUUGAAGAACGUCUCCGUUGAGUAUUCCAUCUACAUCACCUGUGAACCAUCCCCCUUGGCAAACAAUGAAAUCCAUGUUGCAAUCUCUGCUGAAGAUAUCCAGGAGGAAGAGAGCCCAAUAAAAGAAAUCACUGAAAAAAUUAUCGACCUGGUUAGCAAGCGUGACGGGAACAGCACACUGUUUGCAGCCGUUGCGGAAGUCCGGGUACAAAAGCGGCCAGCGAAAAGCAAAACAGAUUUCUUGGUCCCGUUGCUGAGUUCCGUGCUAACGGUGGCUUGGGUCUGCUGCCUGGUCACCGCCUUCUACUGGUGCUUCCGGAAGCGCCGGAAGCAGAGCGCCCACGCCCACUCGGCGUCGGACGACAACACCACCAACAACGUGCGGGAGCAGCUGAACCAGAUCAAGAACCCCAUUGAGAAACACGGCGCCAACGCCGUCCCCAUCAAAGACUAUGAGAACAAGAACUCCAAAAUCGCCAAAAUAAGGACACACAACUCCGAGGUGGAGGAAGACGACAUGGACAAGCACCAGCAGAAAGCCCGAUUUGCCAAGCAGGCGGCGUACACGCUGGUCGACAGAGACGAAAAGCCCCCCAACGGCACGCCCACAAAACACCCGAACUGGACAAACAAACAGGACAACCGGGACUUGGAGAGCGCGCAGAGUUUAAACCGGAUGGAGUACAUCGUAUAGCAGGCCUCGGGCGCUGCCGUGCAGGGCCUUCAGCCGACCGAUUCAAGGCAACACGGAGCUUGUAGUUCUUAAAACGGUUGUGUAAUAUUUUUCGAAUCUAAGGCUGUUGUUUGCUUAGAAUCCCUGUGUUAAUUUAAGUUUUGACAAGCUGGCUUACACUGGCAGUGAUAGUUGCUGUGGUUGGCUGGAUUACCAAGCGCUGCAUUUCACAUCUAUGCAAAACUAGUCCGAAAUGCCCCCCCUCACCCCACCCACCCACCCCCCACCCCACCCCUCAAUUCAGCUGCAGCUGAAACACCCCCGGGAAGGUCUCCUAAGGUUACUGCGUACCUUUAUUGAGCUUUUUUUUCCUGUAGCAAAAAAAGCCACGCCUCCUUUCUUCCCCCCCCCCUCCUUCUCGAGAUGUCGUGAUUUAUAUUACAAGUCUUCGACCAAGACAUUUUAUUUAUUUAUUGAAUUAGAGUUUUUUUGUAUAUUGGUUUUAUGGUGACGUACAACUAGUUCUGUAUUUGAAAGUGCCUUUGCAGUUCGGAACCACAGCAACUAUCAAAAAAAAGUUUAUUAUUUAUUUUUUUAUUGUAUUGUUUUUGUCGGGCGGGGGAGGGGGGGAGAAGGGUAGAGGGAGGGACCGGAGAACUUGUCAGCCGUUGCUGGUAAAAAGAAAAAGGAAAAAUGAAGAAUUGAGAGGGGAAAUGUGUCAAAAGUAGAAGUUUGUAUAGUCAUGUAAAUAAUUCUUUUUUUUAUUAAUCACUGUGUAUAUUUGAUUUAUUAACUUAAUAAUCAAGAGCCUUAAAUAUCAUUCCUUUUUUUAUUUAUACCUACAUGUUUAGAGUUGAAGGUGUUUUUUUUUCAUAGCAUUGUAAGCUGAUGGCUUCUUUUGACUGCCCCCGGCCCCCCUCCCCGCCCGCCCGCCCCUUGUUACUUGUUCCCUACAUGCCAAAAUUUAAGGUGUUCUGAAAAUGGAGUUUUUAUUUUUAACAAUAGGACGGGCUUUCCAGCCCCAACGCUGGCUUUUUUGUACAACGUCCGAUGCGUUUUGUCUUUUUUUAAAAAUACAAAAAACCCACACCUUCCAUAGUAUCACUUUAAAACUAUUUUGUAAGUACUGGUGGCUGAGGCAGUUUAGAACUAGAUUAGUUUUCAUUCUGUUUUUAUUUUUCUAAAAAAAAAAUUCUGGCUGCUUUGGACAUGGGGUGGGGAAAAGGAUGACGAGCAGAGAAUCUGCUACACAGCAGUUUAAGGGAACAGAGAAGAAGCUGGAACCUUUUGUAGAUGAAACACGAGAAAUGUGAGUGAUUGUAUGUAAUUAAAAAAUAUCACAUUAGUGUGUGAAGUUGGAAACACCGAAAUCUUAUUUUGUAACCUCUUGAUUUCUCCCCGCCCCGCCCCCAAAACCAUGAAUAGGUAACGUUGAACCACUUGUAGAUUUGAUUUCUUUUCUUUUGUAAUCUACUGUAUUUAGAAAGUAUUCUAGUAAGCUAGUUGUUGAAUACUUGAACAGUAGAAUAUUCAGUCAGGCCAUAGAAUCCACUGCCCGCCUUAAAAGAAGAGGAAAUCAAAGUGCUAUUAUAAAGUUGAGAGAUCAAAAAUGAAUUUUAAAAAAAAAGGCUUAAGAUUUAAUUAUCUUGAUGGGUCAACCACUGAGAUCAUAAAAGAUAUCUUGUACGGUAAUAUUAGUGUUACACGAACAUGAAAAUACAUCUUGGAUGUGUUAUUCCUGGCAAUAAAUCUUGAAAAAUAUUUAUUAAAUUUUUUUUGUAUGAAAACAUGAAAA